AUGUAUCGUUCACUCGCAGCUAUUAUCCUCGGGGGUGCUGUGGGCAUGGCAGCGGCAGCGGCUUCGGUGGAUGAUGGCAAUGGUAAUAGUACGUCCAUCACGCUGAGCCAAACGGUUCCUGGGACGGCAGGGGUGCCGGUCCUGCAUCCGUUCGUGUCGUUUUCGAUUGAGUUUGCCUUUUUUCCGGACUAUGCGGGGAAUCGGUCGCAUCCGAACUUGUUCUCGAACCAGCUCCUGGAUAAUCUGGCUGUGCUUCAGGGGGCGAAGCCGUAUAUUCGGGUUGGGGGAAAUACACAGGAUUAUGCUUUGUAUGACAAAGAUCUGGAGUCCGCAACCAACGCCACUUAUAUCACCAGCAUCGCGACGGAUUAUCCCCUGAUCCUGUCGUUCGGGCCGGCGUUCUUCGAGUCGUACUCCACCUGGCCCGGGACCAAGUUCAUACACGGGUUCAAUCUGGCGAAGAAUAGCUCGGCGGAUUUGGAGCUCCUUAUCGAGUCCGUGCCGUUGGCGUGUCGGGCGCUCGAGGGGGGCAACCUGGCGUAUUGGGAGCUGGGCAAUGAGCCGGAUCUGUACAAGACGUCAGCGCAAGGGAUCGUUCGGCCGGCUAACUGGACGGAGCAGGACUAUGUGGAUGAGUGGGUGAACAAGACAGCUGCCAUCAAGCAGAAGAUGGCUGAGACAUGUCCGGAUCUGGCGGCGGACUCCAAGUAUAUCGCGCCCUCCUUUGCUGGGGUGUCGAAUAGCUUGAAUCCCGUGGUGACCUGGGAGAAGGGGUUCGAUAGGAAGCGGAACAUCGCGCUCAACUCCGAGCAUAAUUACAUCGGCGGUGCCACCCAGCCGGGAGUGACACUGCAGCACACGCUAAUGAACCAUUCUAUGACUGUGCAAAGCGUCGCACAGCAGGUCAACGUCUCCCGCAUCCUAUCCGCAGAGAACCUUACCACGGGCAUCCCCUAUAUUCUGGGCGAGACCAAUUCCUUGUACAACGAGGGCGCGUCUGGACUGUCCAAUUCUUUCGGAGCUGCUCUCUGGGGCGUUGAUUUCAAUCUCUACUGCGCCUCACAGAACAUCCGACGAUCACACAUGCAUCAGGGAAGCAACUAUCGUUACAUCUCCUGGCAGCCGGUUGGUACCAAUCGAACAACGAUAGGUACCAAGGCCCCUUAUUACGGCAACGCCAUGGUGGCGGCCAUGCUCCACGGCGGCGAGGAUGUCCGGAUUGCCAAUCUCCCGCUGGAUGGGGACACGGAAGCCGCAUAUGCCGCGUAUGUGGAUGGAUCUCUGGCCCGAGUGGCCAUCAUCAACAUGGUGGAGUUCAAUUACACCUCGACUGGUUCGACGGUGGGGGCAGUGGAGAGUAGACUCAGCGCAAAGUAUGUGCUCCAGUUGCCUUCGUCUCAGUCGGCGUCCUCCGCUUCUAUUUCGGUGCAGCGCCUGAUGGCGAAUGGGAGUAACGCCAUCACUGGGAUCACCUGGGACGGAUGGUCCUACAAUUACGAGCUGGACCAAGGUAGGCCAGUUCGAUUGCAGAACGUUACGACAGGCGAGGUGAUCCCAGUGGGUAGUGACGGGACGGUAGAGAUCGAGAUCCCCUACUCCAGCGCUGCGAUCCUCAAUUUGUAA